UCCGGAGGCAAACAGUUGUUAUAAACCUAAGUGAUAGUUUGUAUUGGGAUCAGUUAAUUCGUAGAUCUUCAUUCGAAAGGAUCGCCUUCUAAUACGUUCAGGAUGAGUACAAUAUAUUUAGUGUUGCUGUUUAUUACGACAAUAUUUGGAUAUCCUGCUGCCGAUGAAACGGAAUCCUCAACCGUCAAACACUCCUUACCAAAGCCUGGAGUAUGCGGAACCAAUCUUGCUGAUCGAAUUCUUGGCGGAAACAAAACUGCCCUCAACGCCUAUCCGUGGACUGCUUUGCUGGUGACCGAGCCUCGAACCGGUGGAUCAGAAUCCUUUGGUUGUGGUGGCUCAUUGAUUUCCGAUUGGUUUGUUCUGACAGCUGGCCACUGUUUCCGAGAACUACCGGAUUGGGCUCACGUCGUACGUGUUAGGUUAGGCGAAUGGGAUUUGGAAAGUGAUCCGGAUUGCAAUGAUGAAAACAUCUGCAAUGAUAAGCAUCUGGACGUGAAUGUAGGAAGUUAUGUGGUGCAUGAAGAUUAUGAUUCAAAAAAUUUACAUAACGAUGUUGCGCUGAUAAAGCUGGCAAAGGUGGUUUCUUUCACUGAGUAUAUUUCCCCGGUGUGUCUACCUUUGGCUGAGAAUCUUCGAAAUCAAUCGGAACGGGGUAAAAUAUUCACCGUGAUUGGAUGGGGUACUACAGAGCGUGGACAAGAAGCCCCGGGUGUGUAUGGAAGCCGGUACAAACUAGAAGUUGAAGUACCAGGCGUGGAUUUGGGGACCUGCCGUGAAUCGUAUCCACAGCUGUUGGAUUCUGAGAUGUGUGCUGGAGGUGAGACAGGCAAAGAUUCGUGUCAAGGCGAUUCUGGCGGAUGUCUGGUGGCACCGGAAACCGACGGUUAUUGGUAUCAGUACGGCGUUGUCAGCUGGGGCUAUGGAUGUGGCAGUGAAGGAUUACCAGGAGUGUAUGCUCGGGUGAUAAGUUUUAUGGACUGGAUUGAAGAAAACAUGAAAUGAUUGUUUAAUAAAGUUGUAAUAAAUUAGUUUAAUUAUUCAAUUA